AUGACAGACAGCUACUUCCCAUCUUCACACAGGAGCUCUGUCUCCUCUGGCUCCGACUUCAUCCUGCCAGACGCUGCCGAGAGACCAGUGCAGCCAAGGACCACCACAGAGUCUUCUACCUCGACAACAACAUCUACCACUUCUCCCAUGAAGAGAAAUCCCAUCGACCCUCUAUCUCGCGACUACCCCAUCCCCGCAAAGGAGAUCGAUCUGGACGAGAUGUUGGCACGGCCGCCUAAGAAGUGGACGCUGGGCCACUACCUCAAGGAGACUCCAUUGCGAGAAACAGCGCCUGUCGUCCAAGACAAGGAGAAGCGGGCAUUGGAACUCGCAGCCGCGAAGAAAGACUUGCUGCAAGGAUGGGAGAACCUUCACGCCCACAACAACGAUCGACGAUGA